AUGAUGGAAUGGCAGUAUACCGGCUCGAUGACAAAAUCUGCAGGCGAACUCCAGCGCCUGGUGGACAACGUAAUCCUUGACGACCGGUUCCAGAAGGACGACCUACAAGGUUUUAGCGUGGAGCGCGAGCAACACCGACUGGAUGAACACAAGCUCACUGGGGGCGUGUUCUCGGCCAAGGAUGGCUGGCGGGAGGCCUCGGUACCCCUCCACCUACCCAAGCCUGGCGUCCAGCAAGAGGACGAGGAGCACACUCCCACCUUCAUGGUGAACAAAAUCUGGAUUCGCGAUCUCCUGGAGGUCGUGUUGUCGGGAUUUCGCGACAGUUCGGCACGUAGAUUCCAUUGGUUCCCCCACAAGCUCUUUCGCAAUCGCGCCACACCCGAUAAUCCCCAUUUGAAGCCGGAACGCCUUUUCACCGAUCUGCCUGCCGAUCUCCUUCGCUUCUACGAGGACACGUACGGGGUACCUGCGUCCGCGGCUAUCAUCCGCUGGCUGAAGUACGACCUUAUGCAGAAGGUGUGGCUCCUUCUGUUCGACGCAAAAUUCAUGCAUGCUGUCGAACACGGGGUCGUGGUUCUCUGUGGCGACGGUAUUAUGCGUCGAGUGUUUCCGUGGAUAUUUAUGUACUUAGCAGACUACCCAGAGAAGUGUCUAGUCGCAUGUCUCAAGCCCUUGGCGCGGUGUGCCUGCCCGGAUUGUACGACGGACAAAAGCAAUUUUUGGAGGAUGGGGAUGAAGAAGGAUAUGGCCGACCGCAUGAAGAAUGGACGCAAGGACACAGGCAUCCUUCAGAACCUGAUUGCGCGGGUCCGCCGCUGGAUUUUCGAAGACGGCACUGUGCCCGACGGGAGCAGUGUCAAGAAGACCAAGCUCGGUUUCUUUUCCAUGGCACCCGUCCGGUCCGCCUUUUCACGCCGCUUUGCGCGGUUCGGAGACAACUUCUACAAACUUUUCGUGCCCGAUCUCUUGCACGAGUUCGAGCUUGGUGUUUGGAAGGGGACGUUCACCCACCUGCUCCGUAUUUUGAUAUCAGCAGGGCGCGACGGAAUUCAGAAACUGGACGAACGGUUCUCCAUGAUUCCGACAUUUGGUCGUGCAACCAUCCGACGAUUUGGCGAUAACACAACGGGAAUGAAGAAGCUGGCCGCCCGUGAUUUCGAGCAAAUGCUGAAGAGCCAUACAACUCUAUCGUACUGGACAUGCUCUUCGAGCUUGCCCGAUGGCACGCUCUGGCAAAACUGCAACUGCACUCGGAAUCAACAAUCGCGGACCUCGACACAUCAUCCAGCACCCUUGGCCAAGCCAUGCGGGCGUUCUUGCGUCAUGUCUGUGCGCCGCAAGGCCGCGUCGGGACGGAAUCCACAACCCGCGACGCUAUCUGCAAAGUACAAGGCGUUCACCGUCCUCAACACCUACAAGUAUCACCGACUUGGUGAUUACGCCCGCGGCAUCUCGGAGACAGGGACCACUGACAAUAAAUCAACACAGGCGGGCGAAUUCGAGCACCGGCGGGUCAAGCAAUUUUAUCGGCGCACAAACAAGAACCGCACGUUUGGUCGACAAAUUGCUCUGGAAGUCCGUCGUGCAGACCUGAUCAACAAGAUCAAGCAGGGGCAAGGCGAAUCUCACCAGCCACACCACAAGCGACGGAAGCCAAAGAAAACUCGAGCUGCUCGCGGAAGGAGACUUCACCUCCGUUUUCAGGAUACGCAGCCUCUCCCACCUACGCAGCCUGACCGACACUACCACGUCUCAGACGAGACACGAUAUCCCAUCAAACUGGACGAUUUCCUCUACGAGAACGAGGGAGACCCAGCGUGUGAGAAAUUCGAAUGGAAACUCAAGGCGCACCUGUUCUACCGAAUGCCACGCAGGGAAGCGCUGCCUCCGGAUUAUAUCCCCGACUACCGCGACAUCUUCUCUAUACGUAUCGAGAACAACAAGCUGUAUCGGCACAAGGUCUUGCGCAUCAACUAUACGACGUACGACAUGCGACGUGAUCAAGACUCUGUGAACCCCCGGACUCACCCCGACAUAAUGAUGCUGGCCCCGGAGGGAGCCGCACACCCGUAUCUUUACGCAUGGGUUAUAGGAAUAUUUCAUGUAGAGGCCUUCUGCGCAGGGGACGAUCUGGACGGUGUGGAUGACACUGACAUGCAGAGCGUCCACGUGCUGUGGGUAAGGUGGUUUGAUAUUGACUCUCAAGCUCCAGGUGGUUUCAAGGCACGGCGCCUCCCCCGCCUCAAAUGGGCAGCUCUGGACGACGACGCAUUCGGCUUCGUGUCCCCGGAUCAGGUCUUGCGCGGUGCGCACCUGAUGCCCGCCUUCGCCCAUGGCCAGUCGGAUUCUGCGCUCCCUGGCUACAGCAUUGCGCGACAGGAAGAGGAAGAGGAUGUCGAUUGGGAUUAUCAUUAUGUAGGGAUCUUCGCAGAUCGUGACAUGUUCAUGCGUUACCAUGGGGGCGCCGUUGGCCAUCAGCGUGGUGAACCUGGUAGACGGCACCCACCUCCUGCGGUGCCGGAGGAAAUCACGCCGCUGGCAGGAAAUUGGUACGCUGAAGACGAAUACGAAGCCGACGAGAUGGGAUACAAUGAAGGCGAACAGCUCAUGGAAUUGGACGGGGACGAACAACAAGACGGGGAGCACAUGGUCAACAGCGAGGGGGAUGAGGAGGACAAUGAGGAGGACAAUGAGGAGGACGAUGCAGAUACGGAAGAGGAUGACGACCUUGACUUUGGACCAGAGGAUGGGGAGGUUGGGCUGGGUGACGACGAGCUUGAACUCGCCCAAGCGGGUUUCGCACCUCUGUAG